GUAAAACCACGUGUGCUGUUGCUAGGUAACCAGAGCGUCAACAGAGCGCGCUGCAAAAUGUCCAACCCGCGGAGGAAGAAACUAGUGCUCAGGCCCUCGUCUCGGAACGUGUCCGUGUCCCACAGCAGACUCACGGGCAGCAGGCGCAGCUUCAGUCUGGGAGCGGCCAGUAAACUCCUGGACAAGAGCACCGUGCCCACCCCGAGGCAGCACAUACGGGUGUUUGAUGAAGAGGAGAAUGAUGUCACUCCCCAGCCUCUUUACCAGGGGGAGAGUGGAGCAGGUCCCCCCAAAAGCAGUCGCUUCUUUCUGGACGAGAUCUCGGCUGGACUCAGUCUGGACCAGAUGACCACCACGGGCAGCAGCUUCAGCCUGCCCUUCUCCAGGUCCAUUUUAAGCAGCAGUAAAUUCUCCAGUCAGUCGUCCUUAGAUUCUGUUAACCUGGAAACAGAGGACGCCCUCUCCAAACGAGACCUGCCCCUCCACAUCCCAGAUGUUCAGAAUAAGAAGGUCCCAGUGAAAGAGGAGGUGACUGGACAAAGCCUGGAUGAUGUGCUGGACGUGUUCCUCACAGAAACAGACACAAUCUCACUGCUGGACCUGCCCUCCAGAUAUGUGUCAACUGAGGCUGCAGAUGCAGAGACUAUCACGGAGAGGAAUAAGAAAUAUGCUGAGAUCUGCAAGAACAGACCUGGCAACGAGAAGUACACAGAGCGCUCGAUGCAGACUCUGGAUCCUCCGUCCAAACAUAAACAGAUCCAGAGUGAGAGUGUCAACACGGCAGAAACAGGUACAUUUGUGUCCACCUGGGAGAUGUUUGACUCACUGUCCGGUCUGGAGCAGGAGGGGGCAGUGGAUGCAGAGACAGAGCCUGAUCACCAGGGGGCAGAAGGGAUCCUGAGCUCCAGUCAGGCAGAGCACAGCACCUCUCUGAGCAGCUCCAGUGGGACAGAAAGUGCCUCGAGCUCUGUGAAGGACUUGGACGUGUGUGUGAAUGAAGGCCGACCGCAGCUGCUCUUGAGCUCAGACUCUCUGCUCUACAGUCUGAUGGUGAUGGAGAGGAGUCUGGUGAGCAACACUCUACAGGACAAACUGGCUGCAUACAGACUGUUGCCCGUCCUACCAGACCCAGAUGCAGCUCCAGUGUGUGAAGCCCCAGAGGAAGAGGCCCCUCAGAGGUCUCCAGAGCCUGAGGUCUCUGGUCCAGCUCUGGUCCAUCUGUGGUCCUUCUCAUGUGACCUGACCCAGGGCCGCAGGGUCAACAGCAUGGUCUGGAACAAGACCAACCCGGACCUGUUGGCUGUGGGCUAUGGAGCGUCAGAGUGCAGUUCCUCUCCAGGUCUGAUCUGCUGCUGGUCCCUCAAGAACCCCACUUGGCCGGAGAGAGUGGUCUGGUGUGACAGCCCGGUGACCGCUCUGGACUUCUCAGUGAAACGUCCAUGUCAGUUGGCUGUGGGGAUGCAGGACGGGACAGUCAUGAUCUGCAGUGUCCAGAGUCACCAUAGUAACAGCUCUGCCCUUCACAGCAGGGCGUGUCACAACAAACACGUGGACCCAGUGCUGCAGGUGAGGUGGACCCUCCAGGAGGUCAGUCUGAGAGAGGACAAGGACGAAGCUCUGGUCUCCGUGGCAACAGACGGACGGGUCUGCAAGUGGUUUGUGUCCAGUAGCGGACUGGACUGCACAGAUAUGAUGAAGCUGAAAAGAGUUAAAAGCGCUAAAAAGAACAACGCCGAAAACAAAAACGAGACUAAACCUGAGAAUAUUCUAUCAGCUCUGACCCCAGGAAUGUGCUUCGACUUCCACCCAAAGGAGUCGGGCUUAUACCUGGUGGGGACAUGGGAAGGGCUUAUCCACAAGUGCUCUGCCUCCAACACUCAGCAGUACAUAGACACUUACAAGAAACACUUUGGCCCGGUCGUGAGCGUGUGGUGGAGCCCUCUGUGUCCUGGGGUGUUCCUGAGCUGUUCUUCAGACUGGACGGUGCAGUUGUGGAGAGAGGAGCGUUUCAGCCCAGCCCUGAGCUUCUCCUCGGCUCACAGGGCUGUCCUCGAUGUGCAGUGGUCCCCCAAAAACGCCACUGUGUUUGGGGUUGUAAACGAGGCCCAGUUGGAGAUAUGGGAUCUCCAGCACAGCAUUUUGGACCCCCUGGUGGUGCUGGUGGCCCCUCCUUCUGUCAGCCUGACCUCUGUGCUCUUCACGUCUCACACAGACUGUGCUCUGGUGGGGGACACCAGUGGAUCAGUGUCAGUGUAUCUGCUCAGAAACAUUUACAGUGCGCAGGGGGCACAGGUGGAGGUCUUGGAAGAAAUCAUCAACUCUUCAAUUUCCAAAUAAAGACUCAUGACCAGAAACAGGACAUUUGUGUAACAGCGAUAUUACCAAUUGUUUAUUAGAACAAAGUUUAUUUAAGAGUGAG